AUGUCGUACUUGUCGAAAAACUUUCGUGCAAGAAUUCCCGCACAAGAAGCCAUCGCUCAUCCCGACCUCUCCUCUACACACCACCAACAACUAGCCGCUCACAUUGCCAGUAAGCAGCCCGUGGGAGAUGCCAUGGCAUGGGUCGGCCCGUGCUUUCACAUUUCUCUGCCGUUACCAACAGUCACAGCCCCUGCACAGACUAAUCAAUGGCAUCCUCUAUCGAUCAGCCACCGUCGCGUGCACUUGCAAGAGUCGUGUGGCAACCUAGAUUUUCAAUUGAGGAAGAAUGAUUUUGAUAUGGGAAGGAUAGUUUUCGUCCUAGUUAGCAAAUCGUUAGGUCGCGUAUUGUCCCCAGCAGGGAAAGAAGUACUAAUCAAGGCAGUUUUGGAUGCCCUAUCGGUAUUCACAAUGGCCUGUUUCAAACUUCCUAUAUCAGUGGGGAAAGAAAUCUCUAGAAUGUAUGCACAAUUUUGGUGGAGCAAAGGAGAGAAUUAA